UCUGUGAUAUUAAUAGUUAUCUUUACUAUCGCAUUAAUCGGAAAUUUUCCUGUCGUUUUCAUGACUUAUUGGGAAAAGAAGUUGCAUACAUCAACUAAUAUCUUAAUAGCAAAUCUAGCAUUUUGUGAUUUACUAAUCACAAUUUUUAUUAUACCAAUAUGUUUUAUUGUUGUUCAAGUUGGUAUGUGGCCCUUUAGUAGCAUCACUUGUCAGAUUUUGGGCUUUUUAGAAAUGGUAUCCUAUACAGCAUCACUAUCAUCAUUGGCGAUGAUUAGUAUUAACCGGUAUUAUGCCAUCGUUAGAGCCUUGGAUCAAGAUUUUGCCAAGAAAAUGUCUGUCAAAAGAGCUAAAUAUAUGAUUGCAAUAGUUUGGAUUUAUUCACUAGUUUGGGCAAGUCCACCGUUAUAUGGAUGGAAU